UGGCUUCCAUCUACCUCCAUGUUGAAACCCUGAGAACGAGUCCCACCCAAAGAUCCAUAUCAGCACUUAGCCAAAGCCCUGAACUCUCGAGGCCAUGGCAAAUACCGACAAGACAGAACACCUCGAUGUUCUCAUCGUAGGAGGAGGCCCAGUAGGCCUCGUCACGGCAUAUCAGCUUGCGUUGAGUCUCCCACAUGACAAGCGGAUCAGAAUAAUUGAGCAACAUCCGAAAUCGUCGCAGGAUCAAUACGGCCGCGCGAUCACUUUAUUCCCCCGAACGUCUGAGAUGCUCGAUCAAUUGGGUCUUGCCGAGGCGCUCUCGCAGCAGUGCUUCGCUUGUCGAGAUACUGUAUCUUAUGACCGAAAUGGGAAUGAGGUCCAGGGCAGAGGCUGGGCGUUUAUGGAAAAUAUGAGAGACACUGUGUGGGAUUUCGCCCUGGUAUUGCGCCAGAAGUAUCAGGAGGAGGUCUUUAGACAAGCGCUGGAAAAGCACGGUGUUAACUUGGAAGCCCCAAUGAAGCUAAUCGACGUUACUGUAGACGACACAGUCCAGGUGGGAGGUUAUAGAGUCACCGCAACGAUCCAGGACGAGUUGACCGGCGCGCAGUCUGCUGUUAAAUGCAGAUAUCUUGUGGGCGCGGAUGGCGGACGGUCUUUCGUGAGACGGGCUCUUCAGAUUCCUUUCGAAGGAAGUACGACAGAGGACAAGUGGGUGAGAAUUGAUGGUAUUAUUGAAACAAAUCUUCCCAAACCCAGGACUUACUGCGCCAUCGAGUCGCCCACGCACGGCAACGUUCUAUGGGCUGCACUGGACCGUGGAGCUACUCGAAUCGGGUUUGCCCUUACUGCUGAACGGCAAAAAGCAUACCCCAACUUUGACGAAGGAGCUGCCGUUAAAGAAGCCAUUGCAUCGGUUAAACCGUUCUCAUUGUCCUUCAAGGAAGUCCAUUGGUAUACGAUCUAUUCUGUAGGCCAACGUGUCGCGCAGAAAUUCUGUGUCAAGGACUGCGUGUUUCUGGCCGGUGACGCCUGUCAUACGCAUAGCUCGGGCGCAGCCCAAGGCAUGAAUACUGGAAUCCAUGAUGCGGUGAAUCUAGGAUGGAAGCUCUCACUCGUCCUUCAGGGCAAACUCAGGCCCGAAGUGUUGAAGACAUACCAGAGCGAACGACGACCAAACGUGCAGAAACUGAUCAACUAUGACAAAGAUAUUUCAAGGUUAAUGACGAUGCAACUGCCCAUUGGAUGGACAGGGGACCCUAAUGCCGACCCGAAUGUUAUACUGGGUCAAGUGAUGGCCGAAGCUGCCGCAUUCACCAGCGGCCUUUCGAUCUGUUAUGAGUCUGAUGAUCUCCUCAAUGUGCAGGGCUCUCUCAAGCAAGCUUUACGGGACAACAGAGUACCUGCUCCUGGUGAGCCUGGACCGGAUGUGGAACUGCAAAAGCCAGGAACAUUUGAAGCAACACGCUUACACCGGGAGACACCAAAUACUGCCCUUUUCCAUGUUGUCGUAUUUGUGGCGGACACAGUCUACACAUCCCCAACUGCUUGCACAGUUUUUGAUGCCGUUAGAAAGUCACAUUAUCUUUCAGAUCCAAGAUUACCAGUGUCAUGGAGGACAAUAAUUGCAGGAAAAGGGCCAUCUCCCUAUGAAAUGCUGGGAACGGAGCCUCUGGGGAAAGUCUUCUUUGAUAGCCAGCAUACAGCCCAUGCGCGGUACAGAGUUGAUCUUGGUUCGGGAGCAAUUAUUGUUUUGAGACCUGAUGGGUGGAUUGGGACCAUGGUUAGCUUGGCACCAGCUGCCAUUGCAGAAUUGGAACUAUACUUUGGAAGAAUUAUGCAGAUCAAGCCUGAGCCCUUCAGGGCCCGGAUGUAGAUAGCCUGUCAUACAUGCAAGAUAAUCAUCAUCAGGAAUGCCUGUGUACGAUUCAACAGACAUCAACGAAUCAGAAUUCAUGAGUAGAGACUCCUGUCGAUGCGCCUUUGUUUCAAGGCUUAUCCGCGCAAAAAGCAUAUUGGAUGCAGUCAUCUGUUGUUGUGAAUGCAUUCUGUCCCAGUCGGCGCUCAGUUCGGUUUUCUUCUAUCG